UAUAUAUAUAUCUUUAUACCAGGUUUGGACCCUGCAGGCCCAGGGUUUGGCGGGAAACGGGUGAGGAACUUCUGUCGUCUAGACAAAUCCGAUGCAACUUUUGUUGACGUCAUACACACUGACGGUGAACUGAUCGCAAUGGGAGGGCUUGGGCUCAUGGAUGAGCUUGGCCACCAAGAUUUCUACCCCAACGGAGGGACGGACAUGCCCAAUUGCUACUUCAGCAUCAUCUGCGACCAUAUGAAAGCCAUUGCAUACUACACCGAGAGCAUCUCCAAAAGUACCCCAUGCCGCUUCAGGCCCACCACUUGGGCACCUAAAUGGGACAACUACAAGAAGGGAAUACAAACCCGGGACUGUCGGAACAUGGCUUGUCCCGAUAUGGGUUACACUGCAAGUCCCAUUCAUGACGAAGGCGUGUUUUAUCUCAAAACAAAUAAAUAUUAUCCCUUCUGUCAAGGGUGAUAGGCGAUUUCAGGAAAAUUACCACAAAAUGGAAGUACGAAAGAAACAAACAUCAAAACUCUUAUGUACA